AUGUCUCUUGACGGAUUAAAAUAUAAUUCAUCUCAUUCAACCUCAAUAACAAACAACGAACGACCCGACUGCCUAAAUAACUUAUUUAUAUUCUCCAAGGGAUCCGGGAUAUUGACUCACUCAGUUAUCCCAAAGUCCGGUCCGUCGAACCAGGCUGAGACUUUCGCCAAAACACUCUUUCGGCCUCCCCUCAAAAGGGUGAUGGCGAUAGGUUUCGAUAGUCUCGAGAUGGUCGCGUGCCUAUCGCUACUCGCACCCCUGCAUCAUACCACACCAGUAAAUGAUUGCUUGUCUUCUGGUGGUUAUUUAUAUUCGACCCCUUGUUUCGAAGCUGUGAGAGAAUCUUUGAGCUCAGCCGUGUUGGAGUUUCAAAUGAAGAGGGAUGGGAUGAGAUGUGGCUCAGCCUAG